CAAAAUAAGGGCGGUUCCGGCAAUGCAAAGUUCCAAACGGCUAGUGCGUUGUUUUGCCGCAAACCCAACAGUCUAUAAAUUCCCACAACCUGCAAAGCGCGCCUUUCUCCGAUUCAGUUUUGCGAUCAUUGUUCUCCGACCCUUCCUCUUCCUGCUCUCUAACGGCUCUCUCAUCGGCGACCUACACAACGGAGCUCUCUUCCUCCGGCUCUCGGCUCUGAUUCUUCUUGCUGGCCGCUAUUUUUCUUUGCUUGCUUCCAUUUGAGUUGAAUUCAUCUGCGAUUAGAUAGCUUGCUAUUCUCUUUUCCUUACCCCUGUUAUGCAGAUCACACACAGUCGUUGAUUUUCGUUCUUUACUAAUCGUAUCUGUUUGUUUACAGUAAGCUGUUAGGGUUUCUUUCUUUCUUUCUUUCUUUCUUUCUUGUCUGGUUUUGUUUUGUUUUUUUUCUCGUUUUGAAUGCAGGGUCAGCGAAUAUGAUUUACAGCAACCCUAAUCCCAGGUUCCCGCACCAGAGGAGGAGUAGUUCCGAAGAGAACUUGGAUAGGUUCAUACCAAAUCGAUCGGCGAUGGACAUGGGUUACGCCCAUUGGAUGGUUACUGAAGGUAGGAAAGAAAAGGAGCCACCAUUUUCUAGGUCUCCUUCGAGCGAGGCUUACCGGAGGCUACUGGCUGAGACGUUGAACCUGAACCGAACUAGGAUCUUUGCAUUCAAGAACAAGCCACCUGUCCCGGUCGAGCUGAUCCCUCGUCAACACACUUCUUCUUCAGCUUCUUCUUCGUCUACAUAUCACCAGCAGCCUAAACCAGCUAAGCCUCGCAGGCGCAUUCGGCAGACUUCAGAGAGGGCAUUGGAUGCUCCGGACAUUGUUGAUGAUUUCUACUUGAACUUACUGGACUGGGGCAGCAGCAAUGUUGUUGCCAUAGCUCUAGCAAGAUCAGUUUAUCUUUGGGAUGCUUCCCAUGGCUCAACUUCAGAGCUUGUUACAGUUGAUGAGGAACAUGGCCUAGUUACCAGCGUGAAUUGGGCUCCCGACGGCCGCCAUCUCGCUAUUGGCUUGGAGAACUCUGAAGUCCAGUUGUGGGAUGCCGCCUCUAAUAAACAGUUAAGGACUCUGAAAGGUGGACACAGAUGUCGAGUCGGGUCAUUGGCAUGGAACAACCACAUCCUGACCACUGGUGGAAUGGAUGGUCUGAUCAUGAACAACGAUGUCCGAAUUCGCGACCACAUUGUAGGGACCUACAGGGGGCAUUCACAGGAAGUCUGUGGGCUAAAAUGGUCAGCUUCAGGACAGCAAUUAGCAAGUGGGGGAAAUGACAAUCUCAUCCACAUAUGGGACAGAAGAAGAAGUUCCAUGGCUGCAGCUCAUCGAUGGCUUCACAGGAUGGAGGAACACACUGCAGCAGUGAGGGCUCUGGCAUGGUGUCCAUUCCAAGCCAACUUGCUUGCCUCAGGUGGAGGCGGAGGGGACAUGAGCAUCAAGUUCUGGAACACCAUCACGGGGGCUUGCUUGAACUCGGCCAACACGUAUGCCCAGGUCUGUGGGCUGCUGUGGAGCAAGAGCGAAAGGGAGCUUCUGAGCUCUCAUGGGUUCACCGGGAACCAGCUGACUCUGUGGAAGUAUCCGUCCAUGGUGAAGACUGCUGAACUUAGGGGCCAUACCUCCAGGGUGCUUUUCCUGGCUCAGAGUCCAGAUGGUUGCACUGUGGCAUCUGCCGCAGGGGAUGAAACCCUCAGGUUCUGGAAUGUGUUUGGUGAUCCAGCUGAAGCUGCUCGAGAAAAAUCUGCCCCCAAAGCGAAUUCUGAGCCCUUCUCUUGGGUGAAUCGAAUCAGGUGAGUAGAAUCUCUAUAUGAAGUUGUACAUAGAAGAAGAUAGAUCAUCACAGUUCCCGUUGAUGUAGUCUUCGUCGAGCCUUAUACAGCGAACCGUGUAAAAGUUUCUGCAAUUUUUCUGUUUGGUCUCAUGCUGAUUUCCAGCAGACAGAUGCAAUGUAUGUUCAUCGAAAUACGAAAUGGGAAGUCGUUUCUAAGUUCAUUGA